AUGUCGGAUCCUAUAACCUUUGAACCCAAACGCCUAUCUUUCCAUUAUUCGGCGGGGAAGAGUGAAGAAGAUUUAAUAAAAGAAGAUCCAGUAGACAACAAAGAAGAGAAUGUGGAGAAACAUGGAGAACUUAAUAGAAAUCCGGAUAAUGUGUUUUAUAAUGAGACGUUCGAAGAAAAAACCUGCUAUGAUUAUUUAGUUAAUAUCUGCCGUUGUUCGUCAUGGCUUUGCUCUAAUUUGGUGAGUUCGACUGUGCUCUGCUUCGAAAAUAUGAUAGAAUCCAUUCGCACUUGUAAGUGUAAUAAAGAAUGCUGUUGUGAUAUCUGUGGUGGCUCAGAUUAUAGCGUGAGUGAAAGCAGAAGUUCAAUUAAAAACUCCAGGCUGCGUGAGAUACCCGAAACAAAUGGAGGAGGUCAAGAAUUAUCGAAUAUAGUAUCUGUGAAUGAUUCUGAAGGUAAUAAAGAUGAAGAAAAGACAGAUAAUUCUAGUAUUGAAGAAAAAAAAUCGUCCGCAGAAGAGAAGUCUGAAAAUAUUGAAGAAACUCCGUAA